UCAAGAGACAGCAGACGUCCUCGUUGUAGGAGCAUUCUUCUUAUACAGUGUGAAUUAUCUGACAGUGGUUGGGAUCUAGCUAAAGAUUAUGGCAACAGACAAUUUCGAUCAUCAAGGGCCUAAAUACUUGACAAAUCUGGACUGGGAAAACCAUGAGCAUCAGAGAAUAGUGGCAGCCUGUUUAGUCAAGGCUGCUUAUGUUCUCGAAGGUGAUCGGAGGGAGGGACGUAGCGGUGAAGAUCAGCUGGCCCCCCCAUGGUGGGAAUUCUUUGGCUUCGAGCUCAUCUCCACUCUUGUAAACUUGGAGAGUUCUUUGUCUUCUUUCAGCAUUGGCGCAGUUUUCCGGCUAAAAGCAGCAAGCGGAACAUCCCCCUUUGCUCCGGCCAUGGUCAUCGCGGUUCGCGGCACAAUUGACCAUCAUGACUGGGGCGUUAAUGUUGACACGCUUCUGGGCCGCGGCCGUCAGCGCCACUCUUGCAGGAUCGUCAUGGAAAAAGCAGAAUCACUCGUUCGUGAGCAUGGCAUGGAAAGCAACCUCUGGCUGUGCGGUCACUCCCUCGGGGCGACUGUUGCCACAUUUGUAGGGGAUCAGAUGGCCAAGAAGGGGUGUUUUUUCACGACCUUUCUGUUCAAUCCUCCCUACAUCUUGAAUCGAAGAUCAAAAGAUGGAUUUAUACAGAAACUUGAUGAUAUCAUGCAGGCAGCAGGGGGCCUGGUCGGUGCGCUCAUGGUUGGUAAUGUUGGGUUUGCCGGCGCUAAUCUGUACGCUGUUGCAAAGAUUCUCCAUGACAUGGACAAGGAGAAGAAGGAGCAGCUGCAACACUUUGACAAUAUGAAGGCCGGUGAUCAGGCCGCUCUUGCAAAGAAUCUCCAUGACAAGGAGAGGCAGGACCAGCUGCAACAAUUUGACAAUCUGAACAAGUGGGAUCCUCGUGUAUACGUGAACCCGAAGGACUACCUUUGUACGCGUUACAUAAAGUACUUCAAGAACAAAAAGAUGAAAGGGUCUCCGAAUAAGCUGCCCAAAAGGCUUGCAUCUGCCACUCUUUUUAUCAACUGGGAUAAACCAGGGGACAGAUGCCUACGCUCCAAAGUGGCGCAUUCCAUCAUGCAAUGCUUUGUUAAACCAGAAGACACAUACCGACUCUUCAAAGAGGCACAUUCCAUCAUGCAAUGGUGGAAGCCGGGCCUUCGAGUGGAGGCCAAGCGUUAUGUGAUGGCCUGAUUUCUCUUUACUCGACUCUUUGGCCUUAACGCUGGGUUGAUCAAACGGUAAACCUGUGCGAAUCUUGUU